AUGUUCAGAUAUGAACAACUUAAAAGCAAAUUAGAAGAGGAUCGAGUUAGAGGUCUCGAGUCUGAACGCAAACAAGCAACUGAAGCUGAAGAAUACGUAACUGAGUUGAGAAGUCGGCUUUGUGAUGUUCAACGAGCUCAUAUAUGUGCAGUUAACGAACUGAGUGCUGUACAAACUGCUAUGGAAAAACUUGAGAAAGAUCUCAGUGGAGAAAGAAAGUUCAGUGAGGAAACUGCAGCUGAUUUGGAACUGGCAAAAGAAACUGCGAUGAAGCUUCGCCUGGAUUUGCAGGUUUGUGAACAGCAUUGUUUGAAGGCACGAUAA